AUGCCCUUGCUGGGGUUGGGUCUAGGUCAUAACAAAAACGAGACUGAAGUGGAAGAGAUGGUCCUAAUGUUCUUGGAACUAGGCGGGAGGCACAUCGACACUGCGAUAGUGUACGAAAAUCAAGGUGCUGUCGGCAGAGCUGUGAAGAAAUCUGGAAUACCACGGGAAGAAGUCUUCAUCACAUCGAAGAUACCUCCGCAAAGAAUGGGCUACGACUCAACAUUCAAGGCUAUCCUGGAGAUUGUCGAGGAGAUUGAUCUCGGCUAUAUUGAUAUGAUACUCAUUCAUUGGCCCUCACUGUUGGAGACGACGUUGCCAUGUAGGAAGGUCAGAAGCAUUGGCGUCAGCAACUUUGGAACUCGUCAUUUGGAAGAGCUCAGACCUUUCGCUUCACUAUGGCCACCAGCGACCAAUCAGUUUGAGGUUCACCCUUUGCUGCCCGAAAAUGACCUCGUCAGCUAUUGCCGCGCAAACGGUAUAGCUGUUACGGCCUACGGCUCGUUAGGGGGACCACAGCGAGCGAAAGAGUUCACCAACUCGAGUGUUCUGCGUGCAAUUGGUGAACGAUACAACAAAACUCCAGCACAGCUCGUUGUGAAGGUGCUCUUGCGCUGGGCUCUGCAGCAGCAGUUCGCUAUUAUACCGAUGAGUCGGAAGAGAAGUCGGAUGAUCGAGAACUUGGACGUCCUUGAUUUCACUCUAAGUGGAGACGACUACUACUCAAUAGAUGAAUUUGUGAUUUCGCUUGGCAACUACACUCGCCCUUAUCAGCAAGUUGUAGACUUAAAUGAUCUCAUGUGA